AUGCAGUGGAAAUUGUCUUCACUUUCAAUAAUUCUUCUUUUUCUCACUCUUUUCAACACUUGGCAAACUGAAGCCAUUGUUGUGCCAAUUGAGAAACUGGAAGAGGACUUGUUCGUUGUUGAUGAUGAGGAUGGUGAUGAAAGUGGCAAUGUGGGCUCCACAAGAGUUCCGACCGAGUCUCAAGAUUUGGAUCAUAAUAAUGGGAUUGAAGAUAUGAUGAUGGAGGAAACAGAAGCGGUGUUGAUUCCAGCAGGUUGGAGAAGAUUCCGUUCAAGAAUAAGAAGUGGUCUGCGUCGAAUUCGAAACAUCUUUCGAAGAGUUCCGAUUCCACUUCUUAUUGGGAUUCUAAUCUAA